ACACAGAUACUGUAUGAACAGUAUGGACACAGCAAUGCCAUGUUUACAUGUGAAUGGCAUCCUGCUAUCACUUUCUGCUGAAGACCACUGUCAUUAUGAUCAGUACAGACUUCACAAACAUACAAAAGCACAUACAUGUGACUCCCAUCAGCUUACCUUGGCAGCGUUUUUCAGGCAACCGUUUCCCGCAGCCAGGGAACUGUAAAAAAAGAAGAAGAUAUCGAUCCUCUGUAAUCAUGUGUAGCAGACCUAGAUUAUCUCUGGGUAUCAGCAGGCAAAAGUAUAUGAUCACAUGAUCGUUUCAGGAAGUGAAAAUGCAAGAAAAGGUAGAGUCCUUUUCCUUUUGUAGCUAUAUGCAAAUUUCCCCACUGAGGGACGAAUAAAGGCAUAUCUUAUCUUAUAAUGGCUUAUAUCAGGGGUGUCCAAAAUGCGUCCCGGCCUACUGCUGUUUUUUACUGAAAAUAGUAUAAUUAAACAAAAAAAUAACAACAGCAAAAGUUGAAAAAAAUGGCUAAUUUGACAAGAAUAAAAUGACAAUAUUAAAAGAAAAAGUUGUAUACUAACAAUAAUGUCAGAAUUUUAAGGAAGUACUGUAAUAUUGCGAUGAAAAGUAACAUCAUUUUAGUAGCAUGAAUGUCACGAGCGGGCUUGCGAGCUUAGCGAUGCGACCCCAAGAUGCAGAGAGCAGGACCAAAAAUGUAGGUACAAGGGAUUUAAUGGCGUUUAAGCAAUCUGGACAGCAACUACAGGCAAACCAAAAACAAAGACAAUGAAGCCACAAACGAAAGAGCACACACCUGAACUAAAUAGGGAGAGUGGAAAUUAGAGACAGGUGUGUGAAAUGAGUCAGAGAAAGCAGAAGGGAACAAGAAAGGAAGUAGUACCAAAAUAAGGGCAUGAAAACCGGAACAGAGGCAAGGAAGGGUGAAACAUAAAGAAAAAUAAUAUGAAUCUGAAUAUUAUGAGAAACAUACCAAAAAAAGUUUUUUUUUUUUUGACAAUUCUGUCAUCCUCUGUCUCGUACACUGCUAUGUUUGUUUCCCUGAGUGAUAGCCACAGCAAGAUGGAGUGUAUGUGUGUGAAUGAGAGGGACCCAAGUGGAAGAGUGAGGUUACAGGGAGAAGAGAUACAGAAAGUGGAGAAUUUUAAGUACCUGUGGCCAACAGUCCAGAACAAUGAAGAUUGUGAAAAGUAGGUGAAGAAACAUGUGCAGGCAGGAUGGAACGGGUGGAGGAAAGUGUCCGGUGUGAUGUGUGAUAGAAGAGUUUCAGCUAAAAUGAAAGGUAAAGGUAUACAAAACUGUGGCGAGACCAGCCAUGUUGUUUGGUCUAGAGACAGUGCCACUGAGGAAAAGACAGGAACUAAAACUGGAGGUAGCAGAGAUGAGGAUGCUGAGGUUCUCAUUGGGAGUGACCAGGAUGGAUAGGAUCAGGAAGGAGUACAUCAGUGGGACACUACAUGUUGGAGGCCUUAGAGAUAAAGUCAGAGGCCAGACUGAGAUGGUUGGGACAUGUCCAGAGGAGAGAUAGUGAAUAUAUUGGUAGAAGGAUGCUGCCUUUAGAGCUGCCACGUAGGAGGCGUAGAGGAAGACCAAAGAGGAGGUUUAUGGAUGUAGUGAAGGAGGACAUGAGGGUAGUUGGUGUGACAGAUGCGGAAGACUGGGUUGGAUGGAAGUGAUUGAUUUCCUGUGGCGACCCCUGAAGGGAAAAGCUGAAAGAGAAAGAGAAAGAAGAAGAUAGUACUCCCUUGGCAUCAUUUUCAGGAAUUACGUUGAACUGCUAACUCGUUAUGGCUAUGAAUGCUAUUUUUGAAUUUAUAAUGUAAAACAUAAUGACAAACAAUAUAUAACAUAGUUAAGCGAAGGUGAUGAAUCAUGUCAAGGAAGCAUUAGCGAAGCAGCAAUUCACAUACAGGAAUUCACUUCCUGUUGGUGCAAAGGUCCAACAGUUUUAGCCACAAAGAGUAAAGGUCAAUUUCAACUUGAUUGUUAGACUUUUCUAUGUUUUUCCAUGUUCCCUUUCCACAGACGGCACGCCAAAGAUCCUCUCCUCCUUCAGCGAGAAGGUGGUCAACCCCAACGAGCCGGUCUUUCUGGCAUGCAACGUAAAGGGCACACCCCCACCCCGCUGCGUCUGGUCGCUGGACGACGACCCCGUCAUCAAAGACAGCCACCACCACCUUGGACACUACGAGACUCACGAGGGCCACGUGGUCAGCCAGCUGAAUGUGACGCACACGCAGGUGCAGGACGGCGGCGUGUACCGGUGUACGUGCAGCAACUCGGCCGGCCUCGUGUACCACCAGGCUCGAAUAAACGCCGUGCCAGCAUUCGCCCCAUGAAAAAUGUCACCGCCAUCGCCGGGCGGGAUGCCUUUAUUCAUUGUCGCGUGAUCGGCUACCCGUACUAUUCCAUCAAGUGGUACAAGAACUCCGCCUUGCUGCCGUUCAACCAUCGGCAACGAGCCUUCGAGAACAACGGCACGCUGAGGCUCACCAAUGUGCAGCAGGUGGACGCCGGGGAGUAUAACUGCAAAGUUAUGGUGCAGCCCAACAAGAUGGACUCCCAGAGUGUCCAUCUUCGUGUGAGAGUCCCUCCCUACAUUCAGCCCUUUGAGUUCCAGCGAUUCACCAUCGGUCAACGUGUCUUCAUCCCCUGUGUGGUCAUGUCGGGCGACCGGCCUCUGGACAUCACCUGGCAGAAAGACGGACGGCCCAUCCCUGUCAGCCUGGGUGUAACAGUGGAUAACAUCGACUUCACCAGCUCACUGAGGAUCUCCAACCUGACUCCUGACCACAACGGCAACUACACGUGCAUCGCUCGCAAUGAGGCAGCGGCUGUGGAGCAUCAGAGUCAGCUUAUCGUUCGAGUUCCUCCUCAGUUUGUGGUUCAGCCUGAAGACCAAGAUGGGAUUUAUGGGAAAACGGUCACUCUCAACUGCUCUGCUGAAGGAUACCCACCACCAACCAUCGUAUGGGAACACUCCAAAGGUGCAGGCGUCCCACUGUUUCAGCCCAUUCUCCUGAACAGCGGCUCUCGCAUCCAGCAGCUGAGUAACGGCUCUCUGCUGAUCAAACACGUGCUGGAGGACGAUAACGGCUUUUACCUGUGUAAAGUCAGCAACGACGUGGGAGCCGAUGUCAGCAAGUCCAUGUACCUCACCGUCAAAAUCCCGGCUAUGAUCACGUCGUACCCCAACACGACACUGGCCACGCAGGGCGAGGAGAAGAGGAUGAGUUGCAUAGCGCACGGGGAGAAGCCCAUCAUGGUACGCUGGGAGAAGGAGGAGCGCAUCAUCAACCCAGAAACCAGCAGAUACGUGGUCACAGUCAAGGAGGUGGUAGACGAAGUCAUCUCCACGCUGGUGAUUAUGCCCACUGUACGAGAGGACUCUGGUUUCUUCUCCUGCCAUGCCAUCAACUCCUUUGGGGAAGAUCGAGGAAUCAUACAGCUGACAGUGCAAGAGCCUCCCGACCCCCCUGAGGUGGAGAUCCGUGAGGUCAAGGACAGGACUAUCGCUCUCCGCUGGACCAUGGGCUUUGAUGGCAACAGCCCCAUCACAGGAUAUGACAUAGAGUGCAAGAACAAAUCAGCAUCAUGGUUAUCAGCCCAAGUUACCAAAGACGUGUCGCCGCAGCUCAACCAGGCCACCAUCAUCGACCUCCACCCCUCUUCCACUUACAACAUCCGCAUGGUGGCAAAGAAUAUCAUUGGCAACAGCAACCCGAGCAACGAGCUCACCAUCACCACUGAUGAAGCCGCUCCCGACGGUCCUCCACAAGAUGUCACCCUGGAGCCCACCUCUCCUCAGAGCAUCAAGGUCUCCUGGAAGCCGCCCCAUAAGCACCUGCAGAACGGCGUGAUCCGAGGCUACCAGGUGGGCUACAGAGAGUACAGCCCUGGGGGAAACCACCAGUUUACCAUCAUCAGCGUGGACACAACAGGAGACACCACAGAGAGCAUCGUCCUGGACAACCUGAAGAAGUUCACUCAGUACAGUGUGGUCGUUCAAGCUGCUAACAGAGCUGGGACCGGACCGUCCUCGCAGCAGGUGGUCACCAAAACCCUGGAGGACGUCCCUUCGCGGCCUCCUGAGAAUGUGCUGGCUGUGGCCAAGUCUCCAGAGGUGAUAUCCCUGUCCUGGAUCCCGCUGCCCAGGGAGGCUUUGAAUGGUAACCUGCAGGGCUACAGAGUCAUCUACUGGGCCAACCUGCCUGAUGGAGAACUGGGAGAAAUCCGUAACGUCACCACCAGUCAGCCAUCUCUUGAGCUGGAUGGAUUGGAGAAGUACACCAACUACAGCAUCCAGGUGUUGGCCUUCACCAACGCUGGAGACGGUGUCCGCAGUGAACAGAUCUACGUGCGCACCAAGGAAGAUGUUCCCGGUCCCCCUGCAGGAGUGAAGGCUGCAGCAUCCAGCAGCUCUGUGGUGUUCGUAUCCUGGCUGCCUCCCCUCAAGCUCAAUGGCAUCAUCAGGAAAUACAUUGUUUUCUGCUCGAACCUGCAUCCGAUGGUGAUGAGUGAGUUUGAGGCCUCUCCUGAUGCAUACUUCUAUCGGAUACCAAACCUGGCUCGUAACAGGCAGUACAGCAUCUGGGUGGCGGCUGUGACUGCUGCUGGUCAUGGCAACAACAGUGAAAAGAUCACGGUGGAGCCUCUGGCUAAAGCUCCAGCCAGGAUUCUAACCUUCAACGGGACAGUGACCACCCCUUGGAUGAAGGACAUUGUCUUACCCUGCAAAGCCGUAGGAGACCCUCCCCCCACGAUCAAGUGGCUCAAAGGAAACACCAAUGGGACUCCUACUCCUGUCCUGGUAGAUGGUCGACGAAGUGUCCACAGCAAUGGCAGCUUCAUCAUCCGCACUGUCAAAGCCGAGGACUCCGGCAACUACAGCUGUGUGGCCAGCAACAAUUGGGGCUCGGAUGAGAUCACUCUUAACCUGCAGGUUCAAGUGCCUCCUGAUCAGCCUCGCCUCACAGUGACCAAGACCACCACCACAUCCAUCACGUUGUCAUGGAUACCUGGAGACAAUGGAGGGAGCUCUAUCAGAGGCUACAUCCUGCAGUACUCAGAGGACAAUAGCGAGCAGUGGGGCAGUUUCCCCAUCAGCCCAAGCGAACGAUCGUACCGUCUUGAAAACCUAAAGUGCGGCACCUGGUACAAAUUCACCCUGACAGCCCAGAAUGCAGUUGGGCCGGGGCGAAUCAGUGAGAUCAUUGAGGCUAAAACCCACGGGAAAGAGCCCCAGUUUGCCAAAGAACAUGAACUCUUCACCAGCAUCAACUCCACUCGAGCAAGACUCAACCUGGUCGGCUGGAACAAUGGCGGCUGUCCAAUCACCUCCUUCAUACUGGAGUACAAGGCCGUGGACUCGGCCACCUGGACCACCGCCCAGCGGCCGACGUUGACCAAGACGUACGUCCUGUACGAUCUGCAGGAGGCCACCUGGUAUGACUUACAGAUGAAGGUCGUCAACAGUGCUGGCUCAGCGGAAAAGAAGGUCACCUUUGCCACUCUGAAUGCGGAUGGAAGUACCAUUCCUCCUCUGCUGAAAACCGGUGACCCCAUCUCAGACAAUAUGUCAGGCAGCGGCGGUCUGAAGAUGGUGGUGACCAUCACGUCCAUCCUGGUGGUGGCUGUGCUGGUGUUUAUCAUGCUUAUGGUGCUGAAGAGGAGACGCAGGGAGCAGAGGCUCAAAAGACUCAGAGAUGCCAAAAGCUUAGCAGAAAUGCUCAUGAGUAAGAACACUCGAACGCCUGAAAAUGUGAACAAGCAGCAACAGACCCUAAGAAUGCACAUCGAUAUUCCCAGAGCGCAGCUGCUCAUUGAGGAGAGGGACACCAUGGAGACCAUCGAUGAUCGGUCCACAGUGCUGCUGACAGAUAACGACUUUGGUGACACGAACAAACAGAAGUCGUCCACAGUAACACAUACAGUCCACUACCAGUCUCUUUCCCAAGCCACUGGACCACUGGUGGACGUGUCCGAUGCCAGGCCCGGAACCAGUGAGUCCCACCAUUACCCCACUGCCAGACGCACUGCCAAAGCCGGUCCUGCCGCCGCACGAAGCCGUUACGCCAGCCAGUGGACUCUUAAUAGGCCACACCCCACCAGCUCCUCCCACACACUGACCACUGACUGGAGGCUCCCCACGCCACGCGCCACUGGAUCUGUGGACAAGGAGAGUGACAGCUACAGUGUCAGUCCCUCACAGGACACAGAUCGAGCACGAAGCAGCAUGGUGUCAACCGAGAGCGCCUCCUCCACCUACGAGGAGCUGGCUAGGGCCUACGAGCACGCCAAGAUGGAGGAGCAGCUCCGCCACGCCAAGUUCACCAUCACAGAGUGCUUCAUCUCGGACACGUCGUCGGAGCAGAUGACGGCGGGGACCAACGACUACACCGACAGCCUGACUUCCAGCACGCCGUCCGAGUCGGGCAUCUGCCGCUUCACCGCCUCGCCACCCAAACCUCAGGACGUCAGCCGGGUUAUGACCAUGGCCGUACCCAAGGCGCACAGACCCGGAGGAGAGCUGGUUCACCUGCCGCCUUACCUCCGCAUGGACUUCCUUUUGAAUCGUGGCGUGCCCCGAGGUGGAGGGGCCAGCAGCGCCGGUGCUACAGGAGAAACAAGAAGUGGAGCCAUGGGCCAGACCUGCUUGGAGCCCCAGAGGAGCCGCACCCUGAAGAGGCCCCCUCCGAUGGAGCCCACCCCCAUGGAAGUGCCCUCACCCAGGGAGGUGCAGCAGUGGCAGCCGGGAACGGCGUCCACCCUCCCGCACAGGGAUGUCCGGGAACGAGGAGAGGCUCGGGGCGAAGUCCGAGCGGAGGCUGCCCCCCCGCCUGCCGGAGACCUGGCCCAAGCACAGGCUGCCAAGCUGAGCACCUCCCAGGAGUCCCUGCUAGACUCCAGAGGACACCUGAAGCAAAGCAACAACCCGUAUGCCAAGUCGUACACUCUGGUAUAACGCUGGGGUGGCAGUGCGGACACCCUGCUGGACCAUGGAUGCUUUUCCACUCUUUGUUGUACAUAGAGACCUUUCUGAUGGUGAUGCUUUUCUCGCUUUCUUUCACUGUCCACAUUUCUUUUGGUCAUUUCUUUCCUCUCGCUGUGUUGCUUUGACACUUUUUGUUCUCUUUUUUUAUUUUCUACUUGACUGUUCUUUUAUUCUAAACAUACGAGGAUUGCCAAAAUGAUUUAUUUAAUAAUUGAGAAAGAGGUUAAAAAAAUACUAUUGAAUUUAUAUCAAGGACGAUUAAAGUCAUUAUUAUGAUUGUUAUAUAAAAAAAGAAAAUAUAAAAAAAACAAAGUGUAAUGGAGGAAGCUCUCUGAAAGCUUUCAUCAUUUAUUUUCAUUGUUUGAAGAAACGUGACAAGGUUUUUAGCACUAUGACAUGAGAGGAGCGUGACGCCGAUGCUGAUCAAUCGUGAUGUUUAUCAACCUUUCCUGGCGACUGAUUGCAUGGCGGGGGAAUCACAAGAAAGGUUGUUUUCUUUGUCACUAUGAAAAAAUAAUAAUUAUACAAUGUGAAUAUAUAUAAAGAGAUCACUUUUAUUUGUGGAUAUUACGGGGAAAAUGAUUUGGUUAAUAAAGUCCUUAGUCAUGUUUGCACACUUCUGUUAUUGAGUCCUUUGGCAUGAGCUCGACACAACAUGAUUAAAGAGUAUAUUAGUUGUAGAAUUUGUCCUUUAAUAGUAACACACAAGGAAUAUUG